AUGGUUGGUGUUGGUGAUGUCCGAGGUGGAAGAGGCCCGCCAAAGGAAGACGCGAUCAAAACGCGUCCCCAGCUCCCGCCCAAAGUUGGCUGCCCAGAUCAACAACGACCAUCCUUGAUCAAAUCAACGACUAUGGACGACAUACGGCGGCCGAGAGUCACCAAGCGCGAGAGGAAGCUGCAGAUUGGCUACCAGCUCGAACACCGGAUCCACUGCGCGCAGGCCUACCCUCUCACGGCACCAAAUGGCUCGACACUAGUCAUCUACGGCCACCAGAAUGGCUUCCGACUGCUAUGGAGGGGCGGCAGGAAACCACGAGAUCGAGCGACAUCACGACUGACGAAUGGCGGCCACGAGACGAUAGUCAUCGACGACGACGACGAUGUGCCACAGCAAGAGUCGCAACAGCUUGCAGAAGACUUCGACGACGACGAGGAAGAGCUCGAUCCCGACUGCCCGUAUCCGAGCAUCGUGCAAGAGCUUGACUACAAUCUGGAAGCCACUGUCACGCGCGUUGCGAUACCGUCACUCUCCAACUCCGCCAUCACACCGAAUGUCCUCAGGGGCAAUGCUGUCUUCGUGGUGGCAGCUGCAGAUGGGAGGACCAUCCUGGUACACGUGCCGCUUCUGCCGCCACGAGAUGAUGAGCAGAAAGAGGAGCUGGCGAGAAGCAUAGCAGCGUCCGCAGUCGAGCUGGCACCAGCCGGUCGCAUUGCCAUGGACGUGGCUGUCAAGUUCCUGCCCAUCGACAAUCAACCGCUCACGGCGCCUAAGCGUCACCAAGAGGGUAUUGAAGGACACCUGCUGAUUGCUAGUGCCUCGCGAACACUCAACAUUUGGUCCAUGCCCGUGGCCGCAGAUGCAACCGUGGCGGAUGACACUCAGCUUCUACGCAGAGCACCGGUCUCGUCACCAUCGGCGCGACUGUCUUUCCAUCCAUCGACACGUUCCGCGCAGGUUCUACUGGCUGACGCCACCGGCUGUGCCCGUAUAUACGACCCAUACGCCUCGAACACUCAGCAACGACGACCGACAUCGAGCGAUUCGACCAUCGAACCAGCGCUAUCGACAGCUGAGCCUGGAAGAUGGGUAAUGGCUUACCAUGCGCCUUUCCGCUCAGGCAGAGACACAGCAGACUUCAGCCAAGCCUUAGCGCAUCGCAAGAAGAUACUGGACGCAAAGUGGAUACUCGCAGGCAAAGGCAUCCUUGCAUUGCUUGAAGAUGGUCAGUGGGGCAUCUGGGAGGCCGCUGGCUCGACGAAAGCGGGUCGUAGUAUAGAGAACUUCGCUGUCGAGGGGUACCUGGGUCCUGCAGCCACACACGAUGCAGCAGAACCUUCAAACCCUCUCAAGGGCUUGUCCAAGCUUGCCCCAAUGACGCCGAACACCCGGAAAGCCAAGCAGGAACAACUCUUCACGGGUACAGCCAAGAUACCUGGUACAGCAGCCAGAGGUGGUGUGUCCGUCUCACCAAUCAGCUCAUACACCGGCCAGUCCGACGAAAGCAUCGCCAUGUGGUACAACAGCGAAGUAUACACAAUUACAAGCAUACAACAAUUCUGGCAGCGGAGCACGACAAGUGGUGGAAGCAUAGGAUCGCUGUACUCCCCCGGCCUUGCCCACCUAACCGACAUCGACACCAUGCACGAGAACAUCACCUCGAUCUCGCACUUUGCGACCAAGUCCUCAAGCGCUGGCAUAGGUCAAAUGAACACACGGCGGGACCUCCUCAUAUCCGCCGAGUACCAAGCCAUCAUCCAGCAAACGAUCCGACCGCCCACACCUGUGCGGCAACUCUUCCAAGCUGCCGAACGACCCGCGAACCAAGAUCAGCAAAUGCUCGAUGCCGGAAGCUUGGACCUCGAUGGGAUGGACCGCAUGCUCGACAACAUCACAUCUGGCAUCGCACCCGUCGCGAGGAAAGUCGGCUUUGCCGCUGGGUAG